AUGUACGACCUCGCCGUGCAGGCGCCGAGCCUGCCCGCGGGCUGCGCGGGGCCGUGCGUGGGGCCCGGCUCCUACCGCGUGGGGCUGGAAACGCGGCGAAGGGCAGAUGGCUAUGCUCCAUUUCUUUCUUUGACAAGUCGAGAUUUGACAUUUAUUGCUCAAAAUACAGAUGGUACAAUUCCAGGACCAGGACACUAUAAUAUUGCCACAACACAGAACACUAUAAAAGGUGGCAAGAGUCUGCAAAAUAAAGAGAAGCGCUUCAAAAAGAUCAGUACAAUUACUCCAGGACCUGGCAGCUAUAACCAUGCUCCUACAGUGGAGUUGGCUACAAACACCAAAAAGCAGCAAGAUUCUAAAGAGUACAGUCAGCUGAGAGCUGUAGACGCUAUAAAAAUCUGCAGGAAGGUGGAGGGUCCCUCUAUUCCUUCUCCAUGUCAGGCUUUUGGAUAUGAGGAAGCUGAGGAUGGCACUCUUAUAAAACAAUACCCACCUCAGAGAGACCUAACAUUAGGCCCAGCUUACUAUCGGCCACUAUUUGAUGUUAAUUAUUCUACCCUGAAAUAUAAAGGAAUACAUUUUGGUAAUUUAACUGGAAGACGCUGUGAAUUUAAACCUCCAGAAGGGCCAGGACCUGGGCAAUAUGACUUAACACAGGAAGUGGCACUGCGUUAUGAAAAUGUUACCAUCAAAAAAGAAGACAAGAAAAGAUAUGACCUCUUUAUCCCACGGUAUCAUGAAGUAAUAGAAUUACAGGAAGAAAAGAAGAGAUUUCUACCUGCGAGAUCAAUCACACCAGCUCCUGGCACGUAUAAUGAACCACACAUGGCUCCUGAGUCCUUGAACAAAACAUCGGGAAUGAAAAGGAUCCCAUUUGGUCAAACUGCUGUUCGAUUUACUCCAGACUACAGGCUAGAAAAAACACCAGGCCCUGCAUUCUAUAACAUUCUGAACCACAGCAUUGAAAAUGAAAGUUUAAAAAAUAUAAAUUUGGCUUAUAUAAAGAGAGUAGCUUUUGGAUCUUCAACUCCUCGAAGUUUACCUCUUUAUAAAAAGGGAGAAUUUUGUACUCCUGGCCCUGCUGAUUAUCAGGAAGUUCCACCACCAGGAUCCUAUGAGGUCCAAAAAUCCUAUGAGAAAACACAUGGGAAAAGUCAAUAUAUGCCUCCCCGAACCACGCUGGCUAAAAGAAAGCAAGGCUCCUUUCUUAGUGCAGCACCUAGAGAGAGCUUACUUGUGGCUGACAAGGACAUACCAGGUCCUGGAACGUACAAUCCUGCGAUGAGUUCAGCUUCCCACAUUUCUGCGUAUAUUUCCAAGGUGGAGCGUUUUAAGGAACCAAAAGGGAACACUCCCAGCCCUGGAGCAUAUCAGGUGAUGCAAUAUAAGAAGCUCCUAAGGGGUGAAUUACAGGCUGAAGGAAUGUUUUUUUUCAAUGCUGAAUGGGGUGAUCCAUUCAACACCUCUUAUCACACCGGAUUCCUGGCAGAAUAA